UUUUCAGCCGCUUGUUUUCCCCGUCGUUUCUCCCCCGUUCCUUUCUUUUCUCGUUUUUCGCAAAACACACAGUCAGCCUGCCUUUGUCGCCGUUAGUGCCUCCCUAGCGGCGUCCGUGUCGGCGUCGGCGUCGUCGGUAUCGUCUCGGUGGUUUAGUCAGUUGACGAGCAGAGGCGGCUGAGUUACGUUGAUCCGACGCGAUCGUCGACAGUUCAUCCGUCCCCGAGUACCGGAAAACAAGAGAACCACCGUCGGCACGGGAAACGAGUACGGACGUAGGAGGAUACAUAACGUGUGCGUUUCGAGCGCGAUUAAAUAACGAACGCACGAUGAUUUCCCGGUAUUCAGGGUCGUCGUGGCCGUGCAUCGCUUGAAAAAAGAUAUCGAGGACGGACACGUGACCAAGCUGGAACGGUAGGCCUCCACGCGGGAGGCCGAUCCUAGGGGAGCAGGAUGAUAGAUCCCAGUUCGUCGGAGGAGAGCGACGAAGAGAAGAAGGACGCGAAGGAUGUCGGGGGCGGUGGUGCUGGUGGAGGGGUUCGCGGUGGUAGCGGUAGCUCGUAUGGCUCCCGUCGUCAAAUAGGACCUGGCGGGGGCCUUGGGGGCGCGAGCGGUCCCGCGUCCGGGAGCGUGAGCUCGUUGGCCUCGGGGCUGACCGCGUCGCCAGGGGGAUCGAGUCACGGCCCCAUCGGGACCCCUCGCACCGGCGGGCCCGCUGGCCAAGAUGGAGGCCCCGGAAUGGAGGGCUCGAACCUCUCCGCGGCGAGGAACUCGUUGUCGCCGUCGAUGUCUGCCGCGCAGGACGCAGCUAAUUACGCUCAGAGGCCCAACAGUCCCUCGCCGUCGGUCGCCAGCGAGAAAGCUGACGUGGAUCCACAGGACAAACAGAAACGCGAGGAAGAAGAGAGGAAAACUAGAAUACAGCUGUACGUAUUCGUAUCGCGGUGCAUCGCUUAUCCGUUCAACGCCAAGCAACCACUGGAUAUGACCAGGCGACAGCUGAAAGUGACCAAACAGCAACUCGAGACAAUAUGUUCCCGAUUUCAGAGUUUCCUCAAGGGCGAAACGCAGAUAAUGGCGGACGAGGCGUUUCACAACGCCAUAAAGAAUUACUACGACGUGUUCUUAACGUCGGACAGAGUGAUCAAAAUGGUGCAGGGCGGUGCUUGCUCACAGCUCGACUUCCGCGAGGUAUUCAAGAAGAACAUCGAGAUGCGUGUUCGACGCCUCCCGGAAAUCGACGGGUUGAGCAAAGAGACUGUGCUUACGUCCUGGCUGGCCAAAUUCGAUUGUAUCUUGAAAGGUACGGGUGACGAGGAGACUAAGAGGCCCUCCAGGAUGCAACAGCAGUCUUUGAUAUCGGACAUGAUACUGUCCAAGGAGCAGCUGUACGACAUGUUUCAGCAGAUCCUUGGCAUCAAAAAGUUUGAACAUCAGCUUCUGUUCAACGCCCUCCUGUUGGACUCAGCCGACGAACAGGCUGCCGCCAUCAGGAGGGAGCUGGACGGUCGUCUGCAGAAAGUGAACGAAAUGGAAAAGGAUCGCAAGCUCAUGCCCAAGUUCCUGUUAAAAGAGAUGGAGUCGCUCUACAUCGAGGAGCUCAAGUCGUCUAUCAAUGUCCUAAUGUCUAAUCUGGAGCUGUUACCAGUCUCCAAGGGUUCGAUAGACAGCAGAUACGGACUGCAGAAGCUGAAGCGCUACAACCAUCGUCGUGAGCGCUCCCGCUGCCGCGGUCAGGGUUCUCUCUCGAAAUUGGAGGGCGACUCCGCCGACUGUGAACCACAGCUGACCAAGAUGGACGUAGGCCUGAAUUUCCAAUUGGCCGUAGUCGUCAUCGAAGUCAGGGGCUUAACGAGUUUGCCGCCGAACAAAAUCGUUUUCUGCACCAUGGAAGUCGAGGGCAAAAAGCUGCAAACGGAUCACGCCGAGGCCUCCAAUCCCACAUGGGAAACGCAGGGCGACUUCACGACCAUGCAACCGCUACCGGUGGUCAAAGUCCGCCUCUACACCGAGAACUCCGCGAUGCUGGCGCUCGAAGACAAAUGGCUGGGCAAAGUUAUCAUAACGCCCCCGUUCGCGUCCAAGCAGCCAGAGUGGUAUCGUAUGACCGUCCCGAAGAACUGUCCCGACCAGGAUCUUCGAAUAAAGAUCGGCUGUCGUAUGGACAAGCCGUUCAACAUGAAGCACUGCGGUUACCUUUACGCGAUAGGCAAGUCCGUGUGGAAGAAGUGGAAGAAGAGGUACCACGUGUUGGUUCAGGUCUCGCAAUACACGUUCGCGAUGUGCUCGUACAAAGAGAGAAGAAGCGAGCCGUCGGAGAUGAUGCAGCUAGACGGCUACACGGUCGAUUAUAUCGAGGCAGACUCGGCGAAAAUCAUGGUUUCUACCAAUAUUAUGGUCGGCGCGAACUUGGACGGCGGAAGGUAUUAUUUCAACGCUGUUCGCGAGGGUGACAACAUAGUGUUCGCCUCGGACGACAAGAACGAGUGUCAGACGUGGGUGAUGGUCAUGUACAGAGCGACCGGGCAAUCGCACAAGCCUACACCGCCGGUCUCGGUGGCGGACAAGAAUUCGUCGAGCAAGAUACAGGGCGACGACAGAGUGAAGAAGCACGGAAUGGAGGAUUACAUCAGCGCGGAUCCUUGCAAAUUCGAUCAUCACGGUCUGUUCAAAUUUCUACAGAACCUGAUCCUCGAUUACCGAUUGAACGAUCCGUUUUGCUCGCUGGGCUGGUUCUCGCCCGGUCAGCUGUUCGUUUUGGACGAGUAUUGCGCCAGAUACGGGGUGCGCGGCUGCUUUCGACAUCUGUGCUACUUGAACGAUCUGCUGGACAGAAUCGAUCGAGGAUUCACGAUAGAUCCGACCCUGAUACACUACAGUUUCGCCUUUUGCGCCUCUCACGUGUACGGGAACAGGACCGACAGGGUAGUGUCCAUCACACUGGAGGAGAAGGACAAAUUUCAGGCCAUCAAGGGAAGACUGAGGCAGAUCCUCGAGGAUCAAAUCACCAACUUCAGGUAUAGUUUUCCGUUCGGUCGUCCGGAGGGCACGGUGAAGGCUACAUUGUCGCUUCUGGAGCGCGUGAUGAUGAAAGAUGGCGUCAGCCCCGUGGACACGGAAGAGGUGAAGACUCUGAUCAAGAGCUGCCUGGAAACGGCGGCUCUCGUUAAUUACACCAAGCUCUCCGCCGAAGCAAAGAUCGAGGACGAUCUAAGCGGCGACGUUUGCGUUCCGCCCAACAAGAAGCUCGCUGAUCUCAUACAGCUGGCCGAAAUGUGCGUGGAUCUGCUUCAACAGAACGGAGAGCAUUACUCGGAGGUUGUACCGCAGGCGUUCGCCUGGUUUAGCGAUCUUAUGGUGGAGCACGCCGAGAUCUUCUGGUCGUUGUUCGCCGUCGACAUGGACAAGGUGUUCGCUGAACAACCGCCCGACACCUGGGACAGUUUCCCCCUCUUCAAAGUGAUGAACGACUACUUGAGAGAAGACGACAACUUGAAGAACGGCAGGUUUCACCAACACCUGCGGCAGACGUUCGCUCCAUUGGUGAUACGUUACGUGGACCUGAUGGAGACGUCGAUCGCCCAGUCGAUCCAAAAGGGAUUCGAGAAGGAACGCUGGGAAAUAAAGGGGAACGGAUGCGCCACCUCCGAGGAGCUAUUUUGGAAACUGGACGCGCUUCAGUCGUUCAUCAGCGAUCUCCACUGGCCGGAUUUAGAGUUUCGACAGCACUUGGAGCAGAGGCUGACGCUGAUGGCUUGCGACAUGAUCGAAUCUUGCAUCCAACGAACGGACGCCGCUUUCCAACAGUGGCUGAAGAAAGGUGUAACAUUUACAUCGACGGACUACAUCAUACCAUCGGAAAUGUGCGCGAUGGUCAACGUCAUCUUGGACGCGAAGAACCAAAGCUUCGACCUUUGCACCAUCGACGCUGUCGACGUGCAUCAGUAUCACUCCAAGAUAGACGAUCUGAUAGAGAAAACGUCGGCCGCUAUGACCCAAGGGAUGAUCAACAAGCUGGUCACGGUCCUGGAGACGACCUUGUCCAAGCUGUCCCGUUACGACGAGGGAUCUUUCAUAGGUUCCAUACUCAGCCUUACGAAAGUGUCGGGGAGCGGUAAAGAAAUGGGUCAGGCCUACGUGAGCUUCACGAGGAACUGCAUGGAUCAGAUUCGUAGCAAAGUCUUGGACGAACUGUGGAUUCUGACGUUCUUCGAGCAAUGGUACACGGCGCAGAUCCAGAUGCUGUGCAACUGGCUGUCGGAGAGGCUCGAUCACAGUUUACACCUGCAUCAAUGUACCUGUCUCGCCCACAUCGUGAAGAAGAUUUACUCGGACUUCGAGCUGCAGGGUGUCAUGGAGGAGAAACUCAAUUCGAUGACAUAUCAGACUAUAUCUAAGAGGAUGCAGACGGAAGAAGCGACUUGUGCCUUAACCAUGAGCGCUCAGAACGAAGAGGGACUCUCGGAGAACGGUAACGACGACGAGGUGGAACGACCGAAGACAAAAGUAACGGUCGUCGAGAACGUGGAAGGAGAAGACUCGAAUUACGUAUCGAACAUCAGCAACGUCACCUCGAACGUUGUUGGAAAGGUCGGCAGUAUGUUCGGCAAAGGCAUCGGUGGCCUUUCUACGAAGUUCGGCGGAACCAGUUGGUUCUGAUUAUAAUAAUUAUCCUUAUUAUUAUUCUUAUAAUUACUAUUAUUAUUGUCACCAUCAUCGUCAUCGUCAUUUCCAUUACGAUUUUUUAGUAUUCUGCCGAUAACUUAACAUUUCGACUAGUACGUUUUUUCUUGUCUACCACAUAUGUACAUACACACCGAGGAAAGAGUUUCGAUGACGGGACCGUCCAGAAAUCACGUUUUUUGGACGUUUAAUCGAGCUACGGGUUCGUCGAUGGAGAAUCGUCGGAUUCGCUCACGAUCGAACGAAAGAAUGUAAACUCUUAUCGCUCCGGCACAGACGCGCGUAUUUUUUUUUCUCGCGAUUUAUUUUCACCGUCGGUCCUGUGCACGUUUCGACAGAAAUUCGUUUCGUUGUUCGAUCACGUUCGGCCGUUCGUCCAAAAGGAACGCUGUACCGUCUCUAUUUCGAAUCGUUGCUACCUCGCUCGGUGAUCAAAUCGAAAACAGUCGCAAGCAUACGGAUCACGUAUAGAAACGUUUAUUUCGAUAACGACUCUAUCAUCGAACGCUACGCGGAUCAACUAUAGACGGGACAGAAUCGAACACCCUCUCGAGACCGUUUAAUCGCGCCAAUUGUAACUUCUGCUUGUACAAAGUCUUUCGCCUUUGUUCGACGAUGCCAAAUGGUACGAUCUCGCCUCUCGCCGAAUGCCUCGAACAGCCAGAGUUUGCUAAAUCUUUGCUCAAAGAUCAAAUCUCCAUCUCAAUCGAGAAUUUAUUACUUCGACUGGAUAAUUAUAAUAUUUUUUAUUAGUAAUUACGUGAUCGUUUUUGUUUUAUUUUAAACGAGCAUUCUGUCCCGAUUAUAGUAACGCGUUUAUCGAAUACAGUAGCUUAGACCUCUUGAGAAUAUUGUUUCCAACGAUUCGAUUCAAUUGUUACUGUUGGGCGAACAUUCGAGUUAAGCGUUUGUGCCAUAUCAAUCGAAAUUAUGUCUCUUCGGCUCGUUAAAAUUCUACAAGAGCCAUGCUCGUUGAACCUCGUCGUGUCUACGAUAUAUCUACUAUGUAUAUCCUUACCUCUAUACUUGCCCCCUACUCGUGUACCUGUUUCAGUCCUCGCCCCACACUAACCCUCAUCCUUAUCCGUAUCCAUAUCUGUAUCUUGAAAAUGUGCGACUUUCUUUGCUGAUCGAAUUCGUCGUAAACUCCGAGUGCACAAUUGUGUAACGGUUUCGUCUUGUUUCGCGUCACAGCUCCAUUCGAUCGCCUUGUCCACUGAAAUCGUUCAACCAAUUAUCAGGAAUGUAUUUUUAAUCAUUUGUUGGUUAACGAUCGUACGAACUCGCGGUAAUUAUUUCCAAUAGCUCCGACCUCGUUAAUUUCAACGGUCUUGAACUGUAUCUGGGACGAUGUAUCGCGAGUGCUACGAAGGAAAAAAUAGUUAUCACUCGAUCUUAUUUUUCAAGAUGUAAUUAUUAGAAACCUUGCGUUGUAUUUUCAAGGCAAUAAAAGGUUUCUAAUAUUUGUAUCUUGAAAACUAAAAGUGAUAAAUAUUGUUUCUUCAGAAACAGUCACGCGUUGCCUUCAAUAUACAUCGAGGCUGUUGAAAUCGAUAACAGCCCAGUCAGAGAUUUGAGAUUUUUUUUUUUACUGAUACUGUAAGAUCGGCGCUAUAGUAAAUGAUCUAGAAUUCUGAAGAAUUUGCGACACGAAGCGAAACGAAACAAAGGCGAAAGUAGAGUGAAACGUAAAGUCGAUCGGUUGGCCGAUCGUUCCGUGUCUCGUCGUUAAAAGAGAAGAAUUUCUUGUCUACCUCAAAUUCCCCAACGAGUAAUUUCGUUGUUACAGAAAGCAUUUACGUAUUAUACGGAGAAAAGCGAAACGUCUCGAAUCGCUGAACGAACGAACGAACGAACGAAACGGCAAAAAAAAAAAUUGCAAAAGAUCUUUGGCCCGUCUUCCGGUCGGCGAAUGUUUUGAAAUAUUACCAGGCACGAAACAAACAAUGCAUUUUAUCGUCUUGUUCUUGUUCGACGCGCGAGGCGGCGGAUUGCUGGUCGGUUUUUAGACGUUAAUGUGACGCGCAACAUUUGCGCCCGAUAUUCUUUCGUCAGGAGGUGAACAAUGCGUGCUGCAUUCGGAAACAGUUACCAGUAGCAGUUUGUUUGUACAUACAUUUAGUAAAAAAAAAAGCGUAAAAAAAAAAAUGGUACAAGGAGAAAGGGAGAUUUUUAUAUCGUGUAAAUUAGCACGUUGAGACGAGUCUCGUGUCUCGCGAUGUGCCCAAUUGUAUGUACGAUACGCAAAACUCGACGUGACGGAGAACAGCCACGAAGCUCUCUUCUGUUCGGUUCGAUUCGCGGUAAAAGUUUCUUGGAUUGCGUCUACGCGCGUAUAAAUAUCGAAAUUCGAAGAAUCUGCACGUUAUUGUUUGUUCUUUCGUACUUUCGUACAAGGAUACACGUACAUACAUAUAUGUUGAUACUUGUUUGAAUGGAAUUCGAAAACAGUAAACGAUGCAAA